AUGUCGAGCUUGUUACACUGCAGAAGGGUUUGUCUAAUUUCUUCUCUCCGGAGAAAUGUCGGAGAUUGUGUGUUUAAUUCUUCCCCUGUUCGUCGCACGCCCGUCAAUCUAGGGUUUCUGGUGAGUAGAAGAACACUCUGUUCAGUGUCGGAAUUGAUAUCAGUUGAUGUCGUCGAUGAGCAAAACCCAUGUUUGAAAUCUUUUACAGUUUCGUAUCUCGUCGAUUCUUGUGGAUUGUCUUUGGAAUCUGCUAAAUCGAAUUCCAGAUUCGUCAAAUUGGUUUCUUCAAAGAAACCAGACUCUGUUCUUGCUCUCCUCAAAGACCAUGGCUUUACCAAUGAUCAGAUCACUAAUGUCAUCAAAUCCUUCCCACGUAUUCUUUCACUCAGCCCGGAGGACAAUAUCUCUCCCAAGCUCAUGUUUUUCGGUUCCAUCGGGUUUUCGACUUCUGAUACUGCGAAACUGAUCUCGUCUAACCCGAAAACGCUCUCUUUUAGCUUGAACAAAAGGCUGAUCCCUUGCUAUGAUUCCAUCAAGAGCAUACUCGUAGAGGAAGAAAACGUUGUCAAGUGUCUGAAGCGCGGGUAUAGAUGUUUCUCAUUGAAGAUUGCGCAGAGCGUAUCUUCAAGGCUCUCCGUUUGUAGAGAGCUUGGAGUUCCAGAUAAAAGCAUCAAGUGGUUGGUUCAAGCGUCUCCAUUUACCUUUUUCUCUUCCGAGAAAAGAUUCAACAAGGUCUUGAACAGAGUUUGUAGCUAUGGUUUUGACCCGAAGAAGGCGUGUUUUGUUCACGCUAUGGUUGGUUUUGGUUGCACGAGUGAAUCAACGAUGGAGCGGAAAUUUAAGUUGUUUCAACGUUUUGGUUGGUCUAAAGAAGGCUUCGUGUCAGCAGUCAUGAGAUUCCCGAACUGCGUGACUGUUUCUGAUAAGAAGAUAGUGUACACGAUGGAUUACCUCGUAAACAACAUUGGUCUGCAGGCUCGUGACAUUGUUGCAAGACCAGUGGUGUUGGGUCUGAGCAUGGAGAAGAGAAUCAAACCGAGGAAUCAGGUCAUCUCUUUGCUUUUGUCUAAAGGACUUGUGAAGAAAGAAGAUAUAAACUAUUUCACUAUGCUAAAGAUGAAAAGCUCCGAGUUCAUGGAUAAGUUUGUGCUGAAACAUCUGAUUGAGAUGCCACAACGUAGACAAUCCUCAUGA